CGCUCCAUUUUUUUUCAAGUCGAUUUUAUUUAGAGGCGGCGCCAGGGCGGCCGCGGAGAAACGUGACACACCAGCCCUCUCGGAGGGGUUUCGGACCGAAGGGAAGGAGCUGCGCCGUGUCGUCCGUCUCCCUGCGCGCCGCGGGCACUUCUCCUGGACUCUCCCCGAACUCUCCCGCGACCUCUGCGCGCCCUCAGGCCGCCUUCCCCGCCCUGGGCUCGGGACAACUUCUGGGGUGGGGUGCAAAGAAAGUUUGCGGCUCCUGCCGCUGGCCUCCCCGCCUCUCGGCCUAAGAGGCUCGCCACCCGCGCCCGCUCGUUCGGCCUUGCCCGGGACCGCGUCCUGCCCCGAGACCGCCACCAUGAACAAGCUUUACAUUGGCAACCUCAACGAGAGCGUGACCCCCGCGGACUUGGAGAAAGUGUUUGCGGAGCACAAGAUCUCCUACAGCGGCCAGUUCUUGGUCAAAUCCGGCUACGCCUUCGUGGACUGCCCGGACGAGCACUGGGCGAUGAAGGCCAUCGAAACUUUCUCCGGGAAAGUAGAAUUACAAGGAAAACGCCUAGAAAUUGAACAUUCGGUGCCCAAAAAACAAAGGAGCCGGAAAAUUCAAAUCCGAAAUAUUCCACCCCAGCUCCGAUGGGAAGUACUGGACAGCCUGCUGGCUCAGUAUGGUACAGUAGAGAACUGUGAGCAAGUGAACACCGAGAGUGAGACGGCAGUGGUGAAUGUCACCUAUUCCAACCGGGAGCAGACCAGGCAAGCCAUCAUGAAGCUGAAUGGCCACCAGUUGGAGAACCAUGCCCUGAAGGUCUCCUACAUCCCUGAUGAGCAGAUAGCACAGGGACCUGAGAAUGGGCGCCGAGGGGGCUUUGGCUCUCGGGGUCAGCCCCGCCAGGGCUCACCUGUGGCAACGGGGGCCCCAGCCAAGCAGCAGCAAGUGGACAUCCCCCUUCGGCUCCUGGUGCCCACCCAGUAUGUGGGUGCCAUCAUUGGCAAGGAGGGGGCCACCAUCCGCAACAUCACAAAACAGACCCAGUCCAAGAUAGACGUGCAUAGGAAGGAGAAUGCAGGUGCAGCUGAAAAAGCCAUCAGUGUGCACUCUACCCCUGAGGGCUGCUCCUCCGCUUGUAAGAUGAUCUUGGAGAUUAUGCAUAAAGAGGCUAAGGACACCAAAACGGCUGACGAGGUUCCCCUGAAGAUCCUGGCCCAUAAUAACUUUGUAGGGCGUCUCAUUGGCAAGGAAGGACGGAACCUGAAGAAGGUAGAGCAAGAUACCGAGACAAAAAUCACCAUCUCCUCGUUGCAAGACCUUACCCUUUACAACCCUGAGAGGACCAUCACUGUGAAGGGGGCCAUCGAGAAUUGUUGCAGGGCCGAGCAGGAAAUAAUGAAGAAAGUUCGGGAGGCCUACGAGAAUGAUGUGGCCGCCAUGAGCCUGCAGUCUCACCUGAUCCCUGGCCUGAACCUGGCUGCUGUAGGUCUUUUCCCAGCCUCGUCCAGCGCAGUCCCGCCGCCUCCCAGCAGCGUUACCGGGGCUGCUCCCUAUAGCUCCUUUAUGCAGGCUCCCGAGCAGGAGAUGGUGCAGGUGUUUAUUCCCGCCCAGGCAGUGGGCGCCAUCAUCGGCAAGAAGGGGCAGCACAUCAAACAGCUCUCCCGGUUUGCCAGCGCCUCCAUCAAGAUUGCACCACCCGAAACACCUGACUCCAAAGUUCGUAUGGUUAUCAUCACUGGACCGCCAGAGGCCCAAUUCAAGGCUCAGGGAAGAAUCUAUGGCAAACUCAAGGAGGAGAACUUCUUUGGUCCCAAGGAGGAAGUGAAGCUGGAGACCCACAUACGUGUGCCAGCAUCAGCAGCUGGCCGGGUCAUUGGCAAAGGUGGAAAAACGGUGAACGAGUUGCAGAAUUUGACGGCAGCUGAGGUGGUAGUACCAAGAGACCAGACCCCUGAUGAGAACGACCAGGUCAUCGUGAAAAUCAUCGGACAUUUCUAUGCCAGUCAGAUGGCUCAGCGGAAGAUCCGAGACAUCCUGGCCCAGGUUAAGCAGCAGCAUCAGAAGGGACAGAGUAACCAGGCCCAGGCACGGAGGAAGUGACCAGCCCCUCCCUGUCCCUUCGAGUCCAGGACAACAACGGGCAGAAAUCGAGAGUGUGCUCUCCCCGGCAGGCCUGAGAAUGAGUGGGAAUCCGGGACACCUGGGCCGGGCUGUAGAUCAGGUUUGCCCACUUGAUUGAGAAAGAUGUUCCAGUGAGGAACCCUGAUCUCUCAGCCCCAAACACCCACCCAAUUGGCCCAACACUGUCUGCCCCUCGGGGUGUCAGAAAUUCUAGCGCAAGGCACUUUUAAACGUGGAUUGUUUAAAGAAGCUCUCCAGGCCCCACCAAGAGGGUGGAUCACACCUUAGUGGGAAGAAAAAUAAAAUUUCCUUCAGGUUUUAAAAACAUGCAGAGGGGUGUUUUAAUCAGUCUUAAAGGAUGGUUCAUUUCUUGACCUUAAUGUUUUUCCAAUCUUCUUCCCCCUACUUGGGUAAUUGAUUAAAAUACCUCCAUUUACUGCCUCUUUCUAUAUUUACACUAAUUGUUUUAUCUUUAUUGCUACCAGAAAAAAAUGCGAACGAAUGCAUUGCUUUGCUUACAAUAUUGACUCAAGGGAAAAGAACUGUCAGUAUCUGUAGAUUAAUUUCAAUCACUCCCUAACCAGUAGGUGCAAUAGGGAAUGAAGAAGAGGGGAAAAUGGGGAGAAAGAUGGUUAAGAUACAUAAUAAUCCACGUUUAAAAGGAGUGCCCUUGUGGCUGAUCUAUGCCAGAUCACCAUCUUCAAAUUGGCACAGCUGAAAUUUCCCCACUCUGUUGGGGCUUCCCCACCACAUUCACGUCCCUCUCCUGUGUAGGUUUCACGUUAUGUCCAGGUGCACAUAGAUGGUAUUGAAUGCUCAGCAGGGUAGGGGCUGACCACUGUCCCUGAUUCCCAUCGUUCUCAGGCGGAUUUUAUAUUUUUUUAAAGUCUAUUUUAAUGAUUGGAUAUGAGCACUGGGAAGGGGACACUUAACUCCCCUUGAUAAAGUCUCAGUUCCAUGGAGGACUUGAGUGGCCCCAAAGGCUGCCACGGUGCCCUCACCCCAGCCCAUGUGCUCCCAUAAGGGCUGGUUCCUAGAGGCAGGGGUUGUGGGGCACUCCCAGCCACGGCACUGUUUGCUUGGUGGUGGGACUUAGAACCCAACCCUGAGCUCCCGAUAAAGCUAAAGUCCAUCAUCUGGCAAAUUCAGUAAAUUGGAGAGUACUUGCUUCUGUUUGUAUCUGAGAGGAAUUUUUAACUGACGGCUUCUGUCUCCAUGAAUCAUCAUCAGCAUGAUGAAAGGUGUGUCUAAAAAACAAUUCAGAAUACCAGCAGCAUUGUACAGCAAGGGGUAAAUAAGCUUAAUUUAUUAAUUUACCAGGCUUAAUAAGAUCCCAUGGAGUGUUUAGCCCUUGUGGGAGACAGAAGCCAUCAGUUAAAUGAGGUUAGGCCUCUCCUCCUAAUAUACUGAUUGACAAUGCAUAUUAGCCAGGUAAUGCACUUUAGCUACCCUGGACAAUGCUAUCAAGUGUGCUGGGAAGGGAGGAAGGCCUCUCUACAUAUGGAAAAGCCCAUGCGUGGAGUUCCCCUCCUUUCAACAUUGCAACAACAGUAACAACAGGACAACCGCAACAUGUGGGCGUAGUCAGGCAAUGCUGUGUGCGAAGUAAACUACCUCAAGGUAUGAAGUUACCUCAGCAAUUAUUUUCCUUUUUGUUCCCCCCAACCCCAUUAAAAAAAAUUUUUUUUUGA